AUGAUUUUGUUAUUUUACUUGAGCAAGUCUCUCGUUCCUGAAGGAGCGCCGCCUUCAACAUGGGAGCAGUAUGCAGCUAACAUUGAUGAACAAUCUGGCCAGUUUACUUGCUUUGAUGGUAAGAAAAAAAUCAAGAUCAGCCAAAUCAACGAUAAUUUUCGCGAUUGCUUAGAUGGGUCUGAUGAGCCUGGAACUUCUGCAUCCAACGAAGGAACUUACUAUUGCUCUAACAAUGGAUUUAUUCCAUAUCCAAUAGCUAAAUGGAGUGUUGGUGAUGGAAUUUGCGACUGCUGUGAUGGUGCUGAUGAAAAAGACAAUCCUAGAGUUCAAUGUCCUAAUACUUGUGCAAGGAAAGAGCACGAAAGAUCAGAAGCUGCAAGAGAUUAUAUUGAUUCAUUAAAUUAUGGUUAUAAAAGAAGAUUUGAAAUGGAGUCACAAGGUAAAAAGAUAUAUCGCGCCGAAAUGGAAAAAAUUGAAAAAUAUAAAAACGAAAUUCAAGAAUUGAACGAAUCAAUUAAUAGAUUACAAAACGAAAUAAACAGUACCGAGGUAUAUGAAUCGCAAACAAUUGAAUAUUCACCAUUCCGCGAUUUUAUUUCAAAUAUCUAUGAUUUUACCUUCGGAUGGCAUGAUUACUUUUCACCAAGCAGCUCAAGUGCAUCAGAAAAAUUACUUAAAAAGCAAAAAGAUCGAUUAAAAGAUUUAUCUGCAAAAUACGAUGAAAUUGCCAACUUUUCCAGCGUUAAUUCCGAAUCUAUACCAUUGUUUUCAUUAUACGAACAUGAAUACAGACAUGACAGAUUUAUUGUCAAAUUAUUGAAAAAUAUUAAAGACAGAAGCAAUACGAUCGGCAUUUUCAAGUCAUAUAAUCCAUCUACUAGGACUCUUACUUACGAUGAUGGCGAUUUCUGCUUUGUUGUAAAUAAUUCCCGUAAAGCCAACAUAAAAAUGGAAUGUUGGAAGACAACAAAGCUCAUUUCUAGCUCUGAGCCACGAACAUGUGAAUAUGAAUUAGUUUUAGCAACUCCACUCGUUUGCGAAACAAAUUCAUCUGAUAUUUUCAAGAACAUGACCAUUGAUCAAAUCAAUGAGUAUGGUACUCGCUUUGAUCAAUAA